CAACAACAACAAUCAUACCCCCAGGCUGGCACUGGUGUCGGUCAAGUAUACCCCUCCACCGGCGGGUACUGUGCGAGACCCACUCCGCAACACCAACAAUCCUACGAGACCGAACACGAGCAGAACUGGGACAACGCUUCCUACAAGUCCAGUCACUAUGGCUCCCAAGCCCACCUCGACCCGUACGCCCAGAGUGGUUACCAGAUGAGCCAAGUCAACGUCCACAAUGCGCCCCCCGUCCCCAUGAUGCCCUACAACAACGCCGCACAGCCCAAUUAUCCUCCGUCGGCACAACCCUACCCGGCGCCCAUGCUUCGAGAGCAAAGCACGGGCGGGUAUUCCGCGGCGAGGGAGAAGCUCAUGAAGCGUCGUUCGGUGCGUCAUGUCGAGCUUCAGGACGGGAAUCUCGUCUUGGACGUCCAGGUCCCGUCGCAUAUCGUUCCGAAAGGAAACACCUCAGACGAGAUGAACAAGAUGCGGUACACGGCCGCGACGUGCGACCCCGACGAUUUCAUGCGGUCGAAAUAUUUCCUGAGGCCGUAUCUGUAUGGCCGCCAGACGGAACUUUUCGUCGUCAUGACCAUGUAUAAUGAAGACGAAGUACUGUUCACCCGGACCAUGAAUGCCGUCAUCAAGAAUAUCGCACAUUUGUGUGGUCGCAAUCGUUCGAAGAUGUGGGGACCCGAAGGAUGGAAGAAGGUCGUUGUCUGUGUUGUGUCCGACGGUCGUAACAAAGUGAACAAGCGGACCCUUCAAGUGCUUUCCCUCAUGGGUUGUUACCAGGAGGGUAUCGCGAAGGACCACGUCGGAACCAAGGAUGUCACCGCGCAUAUCUUCGAAUACACCUCCAAUGUCGUCGUCUCCGCCACUGGCGAAGUGUCGACGGGUGCAUGCCCUGUUCAGGUCAUCUUCUGCUUGAAGGAGGCGAACAAGAAGAAGCUCAACAGCCACAGAUGGUUCUUCAACGCUUUUGGCCCCUUGAUCAAGCCCAAUGUCUGUGUUCUCCUUGACGUCGGGACAAAACCCACCGGAACAUCGAUCUAUGAACUCUGGAAAUGCUUCGACAAGCACUCGAACGUAGGAGGUGCAUGCGGAGAGAUCUGUGUCGAGACUGGACGAGGCUGCUCCGAUAUCCUCCUCAGCCCGCUCGCCGCAUCUCAGAACUUUGAGUAUAAAAUGUCGAACAUUCUCGAUAAACCUCUUGAGAGCGUCUUCGGAUACAUCAGCGUGUUGCCCGGUGCAUUCAGUGCAUACCGUUACCGGGCGUUGCAGAACGGUCCUGACGGCAAGGGCCCUCUCGCUUCGUAUUUCAAGGGUGAGACCUUGCACGGCGGUGGUGCUGAUGGUGCUGGCCUGUUCGAACGCAACAUGUACCUCGCCGAGGACCGUAUCCUCUGUUUCGAGAUCGUCACGAAGAAGCGGGAAGGCUGGGUGUUGAAGUAUGUCAAGAGCGCGAAAGCAGCCACGGACGUGCCCAACUCUGUUCCCGAAUUCAUCUCCCAACGUCGUCGGUGGCUCAACGGCUCCCUCUUUGCUUCGGUUCACGCUACGGUCUUCUUUUGGAGAAUCUGGACAUCCGGACAGAACCCUUUCCGCAUGCUCCUGCUGCAGAUCGAGUUCAUUUACAAUGCUGUUCAGUUGUUGUUCACAUGGACGUCUUUGGCAAACUUCUACUUGGCUUUCUUCUUCUUGGUCUCCUCGGCAACUUCAGACAGUGACACAGAUGCGUUCAACUUCUUGAGCAAAGGUGCAGGCACAGACGUGUUCGAAGUGUUCCUAAAGCUCUAUAUCGCCCUGCUGUUCGUGAUCAUCGUCUGUUCGCUCGGUAAUCGGCCUCAAGGUUCUAAAUGGACGUACUCGAUCGCCAUGAUCCUUUUCGGGCUCUGUAAUAUCAUCACGCUUUAUUGUGCGGGAUAUACCAUCUACCUCGCUGUCCCUCACACGGUCGCCGGAUGGAAAGAUUUCCCCGAGUUGGUCGAGAAGAAUAAAGCGUUGCAGCAGCUCGUGAUUUCUAUUGCUGCGACUUAUGGGUUGUACUUCGUCGCGUCGUUCAUGCAUUUCGAGCCAUGGCAUAUGUUCACGUCGUUCAUACAAUACAUGUUCUUGUUGCCUAGCUAUGUCAACAUCCUCAUGAUGUACGCGAUGUGCAACCUGCACGACGUCACCUGGGGUACCAAAGGUGACAACGGCGCAGCCAAGGACCUCGGAGGCGCGAAGAAGAUCGAGGGCAAGGACGGUAAGGAGAUCAUGGAGGUUCAGCUUCCCACCCAACGGGAGGACGUCGACCAACUGUGGGCUGCGUCGCGCUCGGCAUUGCAGGUUAAGCUUCCGGAGCAGAAGGAGCAUCGGGACGCGGAGACGAAGCAGGCGGAUCAUGAUAGGAAUAGUAGGACGAAUGUCGUGUUGGCGUGGGUUGGGACGAAUAUGUUGAUGAUCGUUGUGUUUACUUCUUCGGCGUUCACGACCUGGGUUAGCGACCAUAUCGAGACGUCGACAGACUCGAACUUCAACCCAUAUCUCACGUUCCUCUUCUUCGCUCUUGCCGGUCUUUCCGCCAUUCGCUUCGUUGGAUCUUUCCUCUACCUCAUAUUCAGAUUAUUCGGAUUUUAAUCUCUCCCUCUCCAUUUCCUCCGUCCUUCGCGACCCUGACCGUCUCUUCAGGCUUCCUCCGUACCGUACCUUUUUCACCUCCUUCGCUUCGUUCUCAUCUCGAACCCCUCCACCUGAACUCUCCCGGAUCUCCCGCUCUUUCGCGUCUCCCUUUUGUGCAAGGUUACCCAUUCGGGUGGACCUGGCUCCGAGGGGAAUCUCAAUCUCAAUUGUUUAUUCGUAUAUACGUAUAUAUUAAUAUAUGCUAUAUCGUUCGUGUUCUUUUUUGUAUAUACCCCUGCUGCUCUCGCUCCGCCUGUUCUGUUCUUCUGUUCUUCUCCUCCUUCCCCACUCUUCUUUCUUUCCCCUUUUCCUUUUCCAGUUUCUGUCCCCCUGUUUUGUUUCUGCCAUUCUUCUUCUCCAGUCUGUCUCUGUCUCUGUCAUUUUUUGUGAUCAGUCUCGGUCUCGGUCUGGUGGCGCACAUCGAAUGUGCGUUGGGGUCCGUUGUUUUCGUUUCUCGUGUUUCGUUGUUCUUGGAAGAUUCCGGGAGGAGUUGUGUAUGUACCAAUGUCUGUUGCAAUUCUGGGGCAGGGGCUGCUACUGGGGAUUUGGGUUCUUCGGAAUGGGAGAUUCAGAAAUAUAUACUUGUACAUGC